CGAACACGGCCGAACGCGGCCGUACACGGCCGAUCGCGGACACCGGACGGAUGACGGAGAGAGGGACGACAUUCAGGACGCCCUCGAUGAGGAGGAGGGCCGCGAGGGUCGGGCCAAGGAGGGGGGGGGUGGGAGACGAGGCAGAUGAGGCAGUCGGAGAGCCUGACCUGCCAGGGGAGGAGGUGGUGAUGACGUCGAGAGGCGUCGGUCGAGCGCGACCUGAGUUGGAGCGCGUGAGGAGGGAGAAGAGGACAGUGGGGCAGGCUGACGUCGAGGUGCGCGACACGGGCAAGGAGAAGAGGGCUCGGCAGACGACGAUUGACGAGAUGUACGCCAAGGAGAAGUUGGCCGAGUUCACAGACGCGUGGCUGCAGUGGAUCUACGUGAAGGGGUUGCCAUUCAACGCCUUCCGUGGUCCGGAGUUCCAAAGGGUGCGGCAGACGGCAGAGAGAGUGCCUCGCAGUGUCCAGUUUCGGUUUCCCUCGUUCAGGGUUACAGCGGGCGCCGGUAUUCCUUCGCAGAGGGCAAAGGUGGCGACGAUGGUGAGCGAGGUGCGCGUCGCUUUCGGGCACAGCGGUGCCACCAUCCUCUUCGACGGGAGGAAAUCGCGUAGCGGCAAGCCGCUCGUGAACUUCCUCGCAGGGAGCGCCAACGGUGCCCUUCUCUACGCCACCGUCGCACGUGACGGGUCGGUCCGAGACACAUCGGACAUCGUGUACCGUAGGUGGCGGGCCAUCAUCUUGUCCUUUCCUGCAAAAGACGUGAUCGGCUUUUGCACAGACUCCGCCAGUAACUAUACGGCGGUGGCGUGCAGAUUCGCCACUGACCCCGACCACGACAUUAGGAGGAUCACUUGGCUCCCCUGCUCCACCCAUGUCUGCAACUUGAUGUUGUCAGAUAUCGGGACGCGAGUUGGGUGGGUCAAGGACACCAUCAUCCGCGCUCGGGCGCUUGUGCGAUUUAUUAAAUCGCACGACGCUGCUCACGCCCUGUUUAGGAAGGUGAGCCCUCGUGUUCAGCUCGUCAAGGCCGUUGAGACACGGUUCGCAUCGGUUUUCCUGGUGCUGACGUGUCUCAAAGGCCGACGAGACGCGUUGGAGAGCAUGUUGCACGGGGAUGCUUGGGCACGCAUCCCGUGGGAGCGCAACAGGCAUGUAUCGCAGGCGCUGUGGGUGCAGCAGCAGAUCCGGGACGCGGAGUUUUGGCGCUGUCACGAGCGCAUCAACACGGCGAGGCACGCCAAGCUUGGGUUUGCCAAGCUUGCACAACUGGUUGAGAUUGCCACCAAUCUCAAACUGGCCUCGUGCGCACAGCAGGGUGGUGGCUACGUGUUGCCAUGGGUUAUGGGGACCGGUCGGGAGGGGACGGCGGCAGAGGAGGAGGAUGAGGAGGGAGACGUGAAGCCCGAGGCCAGCCGACCGUCCAGAGCCCAUUCGGUUCGGGACGUGUUCGGCAAGAGGGCGACGAAGCUGCGACCGUGGCCAGAGGGUGGGGAUGAUGCGGACGCUGCUGCGGCAGACGACAACAUCGACGACGAGUGGACAAACGAUGAUGACACGCCGCUGAGUGGCGACCCGACGGUUGAGCGGGUGUACUUCACUUACGGUAGGGGACAUGACGACAUGGAUUCAUUCACAUCAGUUCUCACUGGUGGUGUGUCGUCGACCACACAGGCGAGUGGCAGCAGCAGAGCCGAUGGUGGUCGUGGAGGACGUUCGCAUGAGGAGGUUGGCGUCGACGACUCGGGGGAGCAGCAGCCACGGGGAGGUCUUCGGCAGACAGGCAGGUGUUGGGAGGUUAGGAGCGACAGCGAGGCCGAGGAGGAGGCCGAGGAUGAGGGGGUGCCCCUCCACGAUCGCCGUUUCUCUCCCUCCCAUCAUCGGAGCGCUGCACAGCCCCAGGUACUUAGGCGUUCGGAGAGGUUGGCGUCGGCAUCAGGCAGAGACCGGACACAUGACGGCGAGGAUCAUGGGGGGCAGGGGACUCCUUCCGACGCUGGUAUCCGCCCCCGCUGCCCGUCGGUGCUCCGCACACACGACUUUGACGACGUAGGGCUUGGUGGGAGCUUGGGAGAUUUCAGUGUCGAGGGACGUCGGCGUGCCUCACCGUCGGAGGUGCGCACCGACGAGGAUGUUGUGCAGGGCGCUGUUGAGACUGAGGAGGAGAGGGAUGCCCGUUUGGACCGAGAGUAGGAGGAGCGGCUGGGGAGUUUGCCACGAUGGGACGCUCGGUUCGCGUAUCUUGACGAG